AUGGAACGUGGGGUUCUUGAUGGCAUCAUCAAUAGGCUGCUUCAAGUCAGAGGGAGACCUGGGAAACAGGUGCAGCUCUCAGAGGGAGAAAUCAAACAGCUCUGUAUGGUCUCUAGAGAUAUCUUCUUGAAGCAGCCCAAUCUGCUGGAACUUGAGGCACCAAUUAAGAUAUGUGGAGACAUCCAUGGUCAAUAUUCUGACCUUCUGAGACUUUUUGAGCAUGGUGGAUUGCCUCCUCGCUCCAACUACUUGUUCUUAGGUGAUUAUGUGGACCGUGGAAAGCAAAGUCUUGAGACAAUAUGUCUUCUUUUGGCCUACAAGAUAAAGUACCCUGAGAACUUUUUCCUUCUUAGGGGCAACCAUGAAUGUGCCUCCAUAAACCGUGUCUAUGGCUUCUAUGAUGAAUGUAAACGGAGAUUCAAUGUCAGGCUAUGGAAAAUAUUUGCAGAUUGCUUCAACUGCAUGCCUGUGGCAGCCAUCAUUGAUGAAAAAAUAUUCUGCAUGCAUGGGGGACUCUCUCCUGCAUUGCACAAUCUAAGUCAGAUAAAUAGUUUGCCACGUCCAACAGAAGUACCUGAGAGUGGUCUACUUUGUGAUCUCUUGUGGUCUGAUCCUAGUAAAGACACUGAGGAUUGGGGAGAGAAUGAACGUGGAGUUUCAUAUACUUUUGGUGCUAGCAGGGUCACAGAAUUUCUUGGAAAGCAUGAUCUUGACUUGAUUUGUAGAGCACACCAGGUUGUUGAGGAUGGAUAUGAGUUUUUUGCUAAUAGACAACUCGUGACUAUCUUUUCUGCUCCUAAUUACUGUGGAGAGUUUGACAAUGCUGGAGCAAUGAUGACUGUUGAUGAGACACUUAUGUGCUCCUUUCAGAUACUAAGGCCUGUGGAACACAGAAAGCCUAAGUUUGGUUUUGGGAGCAAAACUACAUUCAAGGCUAGUACUCUUAACAAAAAUCUUGGUAUUUUAGUUCUUGAAUCAUGA